CCUCAGGAGCCUUCCAGGCAGCAGCAGCAGCAGCCGCCGCCGCCGCAGCAGCAGCAGCAGCUUAGCGGAGCAGGGGUAGCAGCAGCGGCGGCAGCAGCGGCAGCUCGGGGUCCAGCCCGCGCCCCGCACAGCCCUCCUGGAGCCUGCCAGUGUGCAGCACCCGCCCUACCUCCCUCCCUAGCUCCCAGCGCCUGCCGGCCCGGGACCCUCAUGGAGCUGCUGGCUGCCGCCUUCAGUGCUGCCUGCGCCGUGGACCAUGAGGGCUCCUCCUCGGAGAGCGACCCCCGGGACUCGGCGACCGGGCACCUGGCCAGCAGCGAAUCUUCAUCUACCCCUGGAACCGUGGCUACCCCAGAGGAGUACCCAGCUCUGGCCACAGACAGCCCAACCACUCUCACAGAGGCCCUGAAAAUGAUCCACCCCAUUCCUGCCGAUUCAUGGAAGAUUUUCAUCGAACAAAUAGGACUCUUGUAUCAGGAAUACCGCGAUAAGUCCACACUUCACGAGAUCGAGACCAGGAGGCUGCAGGAUGCUGAAGUCCAAGUGGAUGUGGAUGAGUCACCCACCAGCGAGGAGACCCCGCUGGAGGAGGAGCCUGCCAGCUCCAUCGAGAAGAAGGCACUGCCCCAGAUCUGCCUACUCAACAAUGCCAACUCCCGGUUCAACCUCUGGCAGGACCUUCCGGAGAUCAGGAGCAGCGGAGUCCUGGACAUCCUCCAGCCUGAUGAGAUCAGACUCCAGGAGGCCAUGUUUGAACUGGUCACAUCUGAAGCCUCCUAUUACAAAAGCUUAAGCCUGCUGGUGUCUCACUUUAUGGACAAUGAGCGACUCAAGAAGAUUCUCCAUCCCUCAGAGUCCCACAUCCUCUUCUCCAACGUCCUGGACGUCAUGGCUGUUAGUGAACGGUUCCUGCUCGAGCUGGAGCAUCGCAUGGAAGAGAACAUUGUCAUCUCCGAUGUGUGUGACAUUGUCUAUCAGCAUGCGGCCAAUCACUUCUCUGUCUAUAUCACCUAUGUCUCCAACCAGACCUACCAGGAGAGAGCAUACAAGCAGCUGCUGCAGGAGAAGGCCGCUUUCCGGGAAGUGAUCUCCCAGCUGGAGCUGGACCCCAAGUGCAAAGGCCUGCCCUUCUCCUCCUUCCUGAUCCUGCCAUUUCAAAGGAUUACGCGAUUGAAGUUACUGGUGCAGAAUAUUCUGAAGAGGGUGGAAGAGAGCUCUGAACGGGAAUGCACAGCCCUGGAUGCCCACAAGGAGCUAGAAAUGGUGGUAAAAGCAUGCAAUGAAGGUGUCAGGAAGAUGAGUCGGACAGAGCAGAUGAUUAGUAUUCAGAAGAAAAUGGAAUUUAAGAUCAAGUCUGUGCCCAUUAUCUCUCACUCUCGCUGGCUGCUGAAACAAGGAGAGCUACAGCAGAUGUCGGGCCCCAAGACAUCCCGGACCCUUCGGACCAAAAAACUUUUCAGAGAAAUCUAUCUCUUCCUUUUCAAUGAUCUGCUUGUGAUCUGCAGGCAAAUUCCUGGGGAUAAGUACCAAGUGUUUGACUCGGCUCCCCGUGGCCUCCUUCGGGUGGAGGAGCUGGAGGACCAAGGGCAGACUUUGGCCAAUGUCUUCAUCCUGAGGCUCCUUGAGAAUGCAGAUGAUCGGGAAGCCACGUACAUGCUGAAGGCCUCGUCCCAGAGCGAGAUGAAGCGCUGGAUGACCUCCCUGGCCCCAAACCGGAGAACAAAGUUUGUUUCCUUCACAUCGAGACUGCUUGACUGUCCCCAGGUGCAGUGCGUCCACCCCUACGUGGCUCAGCAGCCGGACGAGCUGUCCCUGGAGCUGGCCGACAUUCUGAACAUCCUUGAAAAGACUGAAGACGGUUGGAUUUUUGGGGAGCGCCUUCACGACCAAGAAAGAGGCUGGUUCCCAAGCUCCAUGGUGGAGGAGAUUAUGAACCCCAAGAUCCGAUCCCAGAAUCUCAAGGAGUGUUUCCGGGUCCACAAGAUGGAUGACACCCAACGCAGUCAAAAUAAAGACCGGAGGAAGCUGGGCAGCCGCAAUCGGCAAUGACGUCUCUCUCACCCAGCCCCAAACCCUGAGCCCAGGGCCACCAGGACAGUGAGCAGGACCUAGGACAUCUGGAGGAGGAGGGAGAGAUGGCAGAGGCUAAGGUCUGGGACGUUAGAUGGGCCAGGUGGGGUGGCAGGGCGGGUCUGAUCUUUCCAUGUGUGGACCGUGUCCACCCCAACCAAAGGGAUACUGCUGUAUUUACUGUGUACAGAAGUCUCCCCUCUGCCUUUCCCCUUCCCACCGCGUCAGCCAUUCCUGGUCCUUCCAGUGGCAGAUGCAAUGGGGGAGGGGGGAGUUCCUGAUUUAUAAAGAGCAAGCCGGGUGGACUUCCCCCCACACUGCACUUCUGCCUUUCUCCCUGCCCACACCCUGUCCUUUAAUAAGUGUGAGAAACUUUUCACUGCAUGGGCAUGAGGGGACCCAGACACCCCAAGCAUUCCCCCUCCCACCCGUACCACUUCCCAAGGACUACGGAGAGGCAGCUAGCCUUCAGCCACCAAGGAUGGCAUCCACUGGCUGCUGAAUUCAAGAACCAGAAGAUUUCUGCUAUCAACGAUAUAGGACAAUCGGGAAAAAGCGUGGCCUGGUGGGAUGUGGAAGCCAUUAUUAAUCCAUAGUACCCAAGAGGAUGCCCUCAGAGCAGGCCCAAGUGCUCUGGGACUCGCCUUGGGGUGGAAAUGUGGGCAGUGCCCAGGGCCCUGUCACUAGGUCACGUUUGUGCAGUAGAAAGAUGCUCCUUCCAGGCCCCCUCCCCAGCAUGCCAUUGCCCCUUCUACAGAGGGGGCUCUAUCUGCUUCCCCUUCUGUUGCUUGUGGAGAUGCAGAAAAGUCCCCAAGCCCAGGCCCCCCAGACUGCAGGCAUCUUCUGGGGAGAACAGUCGGACACGGGUUCCCCAGGCCCAAAUCAGGCCUUUUGGUGAAAUACCCAAGGAAGAGGGUCUAGUCAGCUCCUCUCUCAGGGUUUCAUGGCUUGUGGGACCCUCUAAGAGGUUGGGUUGGUGAUGAAGCCCCUGCUUGCUUCUGCUACCAAAGCCAACAGCUUGGACAUGCCUCAAGAUGAAACCACAAAACUGGAGGAACAGGGCAUCUCUCCCCAGUGUAAAGGACCAGUCCCCGAGACCUCAGGCUCAGCCACCAACCAGCCUCUUCAGUCGUGGGGAUCACGUGUCUGAGGAACUGUGGAUGUGACACAGGAUCGCAUGACCACCCACGCAUGUUCUGACCUUCCCGGGGAGGGGACAGCCCUGGCUUGGGCUGCACAUCCACCUGCCGCUCCUCUGGUCAUCUUCCUAUGGCUUCAGGUUUAGAAUACAGAGCCUUUUGGGAAGAUACUGGGACAAGCCAGGUCCACAAACGUGUCUGUUGGUGCCUGCCUCUCCUUGCCACCCAUGUAUAUUUUAAAUACCUUUUUUGUUUCAUAAAAUACAUAACACAUGGCAAAA